UUGCGGGAAGAGACCUUGACGCAACGUGAAUCACUACGGCGAAAGUGGGAGAAAUGUGCCACAGCGCCCCGCGCCCCGCGCCCACCGCUUACUUUUACUUUCCAGCGUGGCGCAACCGAUGGCGGCGCCGGCGCAGGCCACUCGCACGGCGCCCGCGGCCCGCAGCGCCGUCGCGCCGACAUCCCACGCGUUCUCCCGCGAACACCCUGUGACUGUGCCCGGAUUACACGUUGUGCAAGUCGCGCGGAACUCGCGCGCGGCCUCGCACUCUCCCGCAGGAAGCGUGUCGCAAGCGUGGAAGUGGCGCAAGCGCCGGGAAAACACCGCGCGCUCCUGCGCGCACCGACACCCUGGAUUGGACCUGUGAAGAAAAUCUCUCAACCAAUAUUGUACCUCGGAAACUCUACAAUCACUCCGACCGCUGUACUACUGUCAUUGAGUUGGUGCCAUUACAAACAGCACGUUUCAAGCAACUGUCAUCAUUAA